UGCAGUCUUCUUCUGCUCCGAAUCCCUGCUCCCGUGAAAUUGUCUUCGUCUUCCUCUACCCCUAAAACCCUCUCUUUUCUCCCUAUGUGCAGCAAUGUUAUCCUUACAACUGCUAUCUGCAAACCCUAAACCCUCAUUUAUUCAAGUUUCAACCCCAUCUAAAACCUUUUACCAUAAACCCCUAAAACCCCAUCUAAGAUUCAAAUCCAAACCCCGCAAAUCCGGCGUCGUACGGUCAGUCUUACAGUGGAACAGGAAGCCGGAGCUCGCCGGAGAGACCCCGCGUGUAGUCGUGAUCACCUCCGGGAAAGGUGGGGUGGGUAAGACCACAACCACCGCGAACGUCGGGCUCUCUUUAGCUCGGCUUGGUUUCUCUGUAGUAGCCAUUGACGCCGACGUCGGGCUCCGCAACCUAGACCUACUUCUCGGCCUCGAAAACCGCGUUAACUAUACAGUGGUCGAGGUUCUAAAUGGCGACUGCCGGCUUGAUCAGGCCCUCGUACGGGAUAAGCGGUGGUCCAAUUUCGAGCUGCUUUGUAUCUCCAAACCCAGAUCGAAGCUUCCCAUUGGGUUCGGCGGGAAGGCGCUGGUCUGGUUGGUGGAUGCUUUGAAAGCUAGGCAAGAGGGCUCACCUGACUUCAUUAUCAUUGAUUGCCCAGCCGGGAUCGACGCUGGGUUCAUCACCGCUAUCACCCCCGCCAACGAGGCGGUUCUCGUGACCACGCCGGACAUCACCAGCUUGCGAGAUGCUGAUAGGGUGACAGGCUUGUUGGAAUGCGAUGGUAUUAGGGAUAUAAAGAUGAUUGUGAACAGAGUAAGGACUGAUAUGAUAAAGGGGGAGGAUAUGAUGUCAGUGCUCGAUGUUCAAGAAAUGCUGGGUUUGGCUUUGUUAGGAGUGAUCCCAGAGGACUCAGAGGUGAUCAGGAGCACGAACAGAGGCUACCCACUUGUGUUAAACAAGCCGCCGACGCUUGCCGGGUUGGCUUUCGAGCAGGCGGCGUGGAGGCUCGUCGAGCAGGAUAGUAUGAAGGCUGUAAUGAUGGAGGAGGAGCCUAAAAAGCGAGGAUUCUUCUCCUUUUUCGGCGGCUAGAUGUUGAAGACGAUAUCAUGCGUCUUUGAGAAGGAGCUGUGUACAGUGAUUGGUAAAGUUUGGUUUUUUCUUUUCAAUGGAGAUGAUGAUUGAUUCCACUACUUUCCUUUUUGAGUUAGGCAAGUAGAAUUUAGUGCCAUUUUUAGUUGGUGUGCUGUGUUAGCUGUAUCUUGGCUAAUGAAGGUCAAGCUUUUGGAUGGUUAUAGUUGAUGCAUCAAGAUUCAAUUUUUACAUCUGGUUAGAGCGAAGCACAGAGCUUCUCGUGUCUUAUGAGUUUGUUUAGAUUGUUCUUGUUAGAAUCGCUUUAGGAAAUGUUGGAAAUUGUUUUUCUCCUUUCCUAUUUGGCUUCUAUUAUCUUGUUUUUUAGGAUGUCCGCCAAGAAUUUGAUGUCUUUUUUCAUUAAGGAGUAAGAUUAUUGGCAGUUCAUUCAUUGAAAUAUGUUGAGAUGAGAUUGCAUUUAUCCCGCGGUGGGAGUAGAAUGAUUACAAUCAGUCUGAUCAAUAGUUUAUUCUUAUGAUUAUUAGCAGAAAAAUUUGGGUUGAA